AUGGCGGACGCAUCUUCACAGCCGAAACCCAGCAGCAGCGUCAAGCUGGUGCUGCUGGGAGAGGCAGCUGUUGGAAAGUCAUCGCUGGUUAUGCGCUUCGUCAACAACGACUUCCAGGAGAACAAGGAGCCCACGAUAGGAGCCGCUUUCCUUACGCAGAAGUGCAACCUCCCUACGCGAACCAUCAAGUUCGAGAUCUGGGAUACCGCUGGCCAAGAGCGCUUCGCCUCUCUAGCGCCCAUGUACUAUCGCAACGCGCAGGCCGCACUGGUCGUCUACGAUAUCACGAAGCCGUCUUCUCUCACAAAAGCCCAGCACUGGGUCGCCGAAUUACACCGCCAAGCGUCGCCUGGCAUCGUGAUUUCGCUCGUGGGGAACAAGUCCGAUCUGGCGGCGGCAGCGGGCGAAGAGAGCCCGGAAGACGCCGACGCCGCACCGGCAGCAGAGGGCGAGGAAGCGAACGAGGAUGAUGGCACAGACGCGAGGAGAGUUCCCACCAAGACAGCGAAGACAUACGCGGACGAGGAGGGCCUCCUGUUCUUCGAGACGAGUGCCAAGACUGGACAGAACGUUGCAGAGGUCUUCACGGCAAUUGCGAACGCUAUUCCCGAGACGAGCCUCAAGGGCCCGCGAGGUGUUGGCGGACAGACAAACCUCGGCGGCAGGCAGGAAGAGGCGCGGGUGAACUUGGGCGCAACGCCGCAAGGUGCAAAGGAGGGUUGUGCGUGCUAG